UCAGGAAGAAAAAGUAGUCGACAAGGAGGUUUCGCCCGGGUCACGCGACCACGUGCCUCCGCAACACCUUGAGACGUCAGCACCACAUCGCUUAUAGCGUAAAAGUAGUCGGGUAGAAAAAUGGAAAGGCAAGUGGAUAUUCUCAAUGGAAGCCUCAACUCGCAGCUGAAAUAUCAAGUUGACGGAGACCCUCUUGGGACAACGCGUGUUGUUAUGCAGGACCCGGAAGCUAUUGUCAAGGCCUACCAAGGAUAUAUUGGUGUUGGCUGCAGCAUCCUCACCACCUGCACCUUCCAAGGCAGCACGCAAGCGAUCCAAGAAGACCUUGGCGUGUCCGUAGACGAAGCAGAACAUACAAUCGGCCGUAGCGUCUCCCUCGUCCGGGAAGCCAUUCAGCGAAGCGCGCACGAAGACCAGCUCAACAGAAACAACCCUCGUACGAGCAGAAUAUUAGUCGCAGGCUCCGUCGGCUGCUACGGCGCCUACCUCUACGACGGCUCCGAGUUCCAUGGGAGGUACGCUGAGACCAUGUCCGUCGAAGAGCUCCGCGACUGGCACCGCCCUCGCGUCAAGUGCCUGGUGGGAGCUGGCUGCGACGUCCUCGCGUUUGAGACCAUUCCGGUUCAGAAGGAGGCGCUAGCGCUGCUGCAGCUCCUCCGCGAAUUUCCAAACACGAGGGCUUGGCUCAGUUUCAGCUGCCAGGACGAACGAGACAUCGCCAACCAAGAGCCGUUCGCGCAAGCCGUAGCUACGUGCAUGGCGAGAGACAGCAACUGCCAGCUGGUUGCCAUCGGCAUCAACUGCUGCAAGCCCGAGCUGGUCCUGCCGCUGCUGAAGAGCGCGUCGGAUUCGGCACCACUGCGGGUUCCGAUGGUGGCGUAUCCAGACAACUCGGAACUCUACAGCAAGGCCGAUGGGAAGAGUGCAGACCCGUUUGGGGAGUACAUCAAGGACUGGUAUCGGGUCGGUGUGAGAAUCAUGGGUGGGUGCUGCAUGGUGAAGCCGAGUGACAUUGCGCCAAUGGCUGACGUGAUGGCUUCUCUUUCUGUGCAGCAGAGUGACUCUGUGGGAUAAAGCGCUUGAGGUACUUUGUGUGUUUUCUCGAAGCGGAAAAUUUGUGGAUAACAUGGUGUAAGAAGUCGUAGGUGGUGUUCUUUUACAGUGAAGGAGUUAGUGUCUGGUUGUGUUCUGCGUGAAGGGAUGAUGUGGUCAAAAUGUUUUGAACACGCCACAGAAAGGUUGCACCUGCUAGUAUAUAGCGUUGUUCGGGAGUACGAGCCGUACGAUACAAGAAAAUUUUGCAACGUGCGUCAAAAACUUCUGCCAUGGAAAAUGAGGAAGAGUUACACCGAAGCAGAUAAUACGCUGCUGCUAGACUGGUCAAACGUGCAAACCUCUUUCACUGGAGGAACAAGCACUGAAAGAAAUACGGAAGGCUGUGUGAACAUGUCACGCUUUCCAGUAGUGAGUCUGGUAUUACCGUGAAAGUUGUGAAUUUCUAGCUCAUAUAAAAUUGUGGGCAGUGUUUGGAGACCUAUCAGAAUAAAUGGUGCAGAGGAACGUC